UGCUGCAACGCAAACGUCGUGUGUGUGCGCAACGUCCUGCUGUGCUGCGCGAUGACAGACAUGGACAGUCACGCAUUCAAGGAGCGUCACAUUGACGCAGUUGAAAAUAAAAGAGUGCUGUGGGACAUGGCCAGCCAGAUUUGUAAGGCCAAACAUUUGAAAGACGUGGCGUGGCGUCGCGUCGCAACUGCAAUGGGAUGCAGCGUGGGUGACGCGAAGGCCCGAUGGAAGAAUCUGAAAGAUUCAUUCGGUUGGGUAUUUAAAGCGCGCCAUCCCGUACCGGAAAGUGCUGCUGGUGCCGAAGACAACGAGAUCGAUGAUUGGGCCAAGACAUGGCUGUUAUACGACCGCCUGCUGUUUCUGAAGGACACCAUUGUCGGCUGGCCAAACUCUGGAAACCUUGAGCCUGCCGAAGAUAGCUCCAGCGCAGACCAAGAGGUCACUCAUGGAGUUGCAGCGGAAAACUUCUUUGUAGAGGCUCUGACAAAGACAAGCUCAUUGUCAGAGCUUCAGGCAGACGAACUAAACAAAGGGGCCAGCACGAGCUCGGGAGUAGGCGCACAUGAGGAACAAAGUGUACCUAGAAAAACUAGUCAGCCAGAGGGCACUACCCGAAAGCGCAAAAAACCAUACAAUGAAACUGACUCACUGACAUCAGUGGGGACAAACAACCUGACGAGGCCGAGUGUUUUGGUCAAAUUAUAGCGUGCAAGUUGAGGCGAUGCCCGGAAAGUCUGCGAGAAGCUAUGGAAUUAGACCUGCUAAAAACAGCAGUCAAAUAUCUUCACGAAUAGUAUUCUGGUCAUUAAACUGACAUGCGCAGGCAGCAUGCAUUUGUCAGAAUCUUUAAAGGCUAACUGGAGCACAAUAAAAAUUCACUUUGGCUAAACAUAUUAUAACACGUAUUAUAUUACAUAUUCUCGAGUGCU